GUUUUGUCCCUGGCGACUCAAAGAUCCGUCUUCGGUCUCUCCCUCGACCAAGCGAACAAAAAACAGCGAUCGCAAGACUUCUUUUCGAGAAAAGACAGUCUCGAAUCAGUCGAAGAGUCUUCAAAGUUGUAUUUUUUUUUGUUUCCGCUUGAAGAGAUCGGUCAUGGAUUCGUCCAAAGAACGUGAAAAUUUCGUCUACGUCGCUAAGGUCGCUGAGCAGGCUGAGCGCUACGAAGAAAUGGUGGACGCGGUGAAGAAGGUUGCGAAACUGAACGUUGAUCUGACAGUGGAGGAGAGGAACUUGCUGUCUGUCGGUUACAAGAACGUGAUUGGUGCCCGUAGAGCGUCAUGGAGGAUUCUCUCGUCGAUCGAGCAGAAGGAAACAGCGAAGGGAAAUGAAGUUAACGUUAAGAGGAUCAAAGAAUAUAUGCAGAAGGUUGAAUCAGAGCUUACGAACAUUUGCAGUGAUAUUAUGUCUGUGUUAGAUGAUCAUCUGAUUCCCUCAGCUGCUACUGGUGAAUCCACUGUUUUCUUCUAUAAGAUGAAAGGAGACUAUUACCGUUAUCUUGCGGAAUUCAAAUCAGGCAACGAGAAGAAAGAAGCUGGUGAUCAGUCCAUGAAAGGUUAUGAGACUGCUACCAGCUCUGCUGAGGCCGAACUGCCACCUACUCACCCUAUCCGAUUGGGUUUGGCUUUGAAUUUCUCCGUCUUCUACUACGAGAUCAUGAACUCACCUGAAAGGGCCUGCCACCUUGCGAAGCAGGCGUUUGAUGAAGCUAUCUCAGAGCUGGACACUCUUAAUGAGGAAUCCUACAAAGACAGCACAUUGAUUAUGCAGCUCCUUAGGGACAAUCUGACAUUAUGGACCUCUGACAUCCCAGAAGAUGGAGCAGAAGACGGGCCGAAGGCGAAUGGCACAGCAAAAGUUGGUGCAGGUGGAGAUGAUGAUGCAGAGUGAUGAAGAAGGAUGAUGAAUGCGAGUGAAGUGAAUCAGUGAAAUUUAGGGUUUUAACUUUCCAUUGUUCUCUGGGAUUAUGUACUUUAUCAUCUUGUGUCUUGGGUUUGAACCAUUACCAUUACUUACAUUCUAUGGUAAGCGCAGCUUCAUUCCUGUGGUCAUAAUCUGUUGAUCUAGAUUCCUUGCGUGUCA